AUGUCUUCAACACCCAGGAUUGUGAAAGCGGCAGUAGUCCAAGCAGAGCCUGUGUGGUUUGACCUAAAGGCUACUGUCGCAAAGACAUGCAGUCUAAUCAAGGAAGCAGCCUCAAACAGCGCUCAAAUUAUUGCAUUUCCUGAAGCAUUUGUUCCAGGAUAUCCAGUAUGGAUCUGGGUACGCGCCAUGGACUUCGACAUGAACAUUCGCUACGCUGAGAACUCCCUCUCUAUUAACUCGGAAGAGAUGAAGCAACUGCAGUCCUGCGCAGCUGAAAACAACAUCGUUGUGUGUAUCGGUCAUGCUGAGCGCAAAGGCAACUCUUUAUACAUUGGCCAGUGUACUAUUGACAAUGCCGGCGAGCUGGUAAUGUCAAGGCGAAAACUCAAACCUGUCCAUAUGGAGCGUACGUUGUUCGGAGACGGAGACGGCCCUUCUCUUAACAAUGUUGCAACAACUGGCGUUGGAAGAGUUGGGCAGCUUUCUUGCGCUGACCACUUUAACCCACUGAUCGUAUACAAUACGUACUCUCAGGGCGAAGAAAUUCACUGCUCUGCCUGGCCGCCUGUCGCACCUCAUCCAGGAGGGCCGGCUCCAUACUCAAUGGCAGAUGAGGCUGUUGCGGCUUUCUCAAGCGUAUAUUCGAUGCAGGCUCAAUGCUUUACUCUCCACUCCACUUCUGUAAUUUCACAGCCAUCUAUUGAUAAGCUGGGUGUUGAUGGAACGCCUCUGUUUAAUCGUCCUGGCGGUGGUAAUGCUCGGAUCUACGGCCCCGAUGGGCGUCUCUUGACAACUGACUUACCACCGUCUGAAGAAGGUAUCGUAUAUGCCGACUUGGAUAUGAGCCUAAUCGCAAAGGAGAAGGGUUUCUUGGAUAAUUGCGGCCACGCCGGCAGGCCGGAACUGUUGUGGGUACGUGCUCCUCCACUUCAAUAA